AUGACCUGGUCCGGUGUGCCGUUUCUCGCGCGUGUGACGCUUGCUACGGUGACGUUGAGUAUUGCCUCGCUGGCUGGAGUGAUUUAUGUGUAUCAGCGUGCAUUGAUCUACCCCUCCUCGAUCCCGGAUGGAUCUCGCACGACUGUGGAUGCACCGGACAUGUAUGACCUGCCGUACAAAGAAUUCCGGCUCAAGACGCCCGAUGGUGUUUUGCUGCACACGUAUGUGAUGUUGCAGAAAGGAGAAGAUGAUGCGGAAGAGAUAGCUUCGCAGCGCCCGACUGUUCUCAUGCUGCAUGCGAAUGCCGGGAAUAUGGGGCAUCGACUGCCGCUUGCCGUCGUGUUUUACAGGCGCUUGGGCAGCAAUGUCGUGAUGCUUUCCUACCGCGGCUACGGCCUCUCUACAGGUGAUCCUUCUGAGCCGGGAUUACAGAUCGACGCACAGACUGCGCUCGACUGGAUCCGUGCGAAUCCGGUUUUAUCGCAAACGCCUGUUAUCGUGUACGGGCAGAGCAUCGGCGGUGCAGUUGCAAUCAACGUUGCUGCGCGCAAUCCCAACUAUGUGCGCUGUAUGAUUUUAGAGAAUACAUUCCUGAGCAUGCCGAAGUUGAUCCCGUCUGUGCUGCCGAUGCUCGCGCCGUUCACCUUCCUAUGCAGGGAGCAGUGGGCGUCGGAAGAGAUGAUCCAGCAAACCCCUGCAACGACGCCCGUUUUGUUUCUAAGUGGUUCGAGCGACGAGCUCGUUCCAGCUUCCCAUAUGGCGGAGCUGUACCGUCUAUGCACAAGCAAGCGGAAAGAGAUACAUUUGUUCCCCGGCGCAACACACAAUGAUACAUGUUUGCAGCCGAAAUACUUUGACAUCAUUGCGGCCUUCCUUCUGAAAUACGUCAUCGAUCCUGACGACGUCGAGUUGGAGAAAGAGAGCGAGGCGCACAGGACCGUCGAAAAGGUCUUGCCAAAGGCUGAGUUGUAG